CAACUCCAGUAUUUGUUGAAAUUAUAUUACAGCAGCAGUGGUUGUGACUUUUUUGACGAUAGCUGAAGGUUUACCCCAACAAACACGUGGUUUAAAUGUUUAAUUAUUAACCUGCUAUCGAGCGGCUAACUGUAAAACGGUAUCAACCGAAAACAGCUGAUAAUGGAGAAGUGAGCUUCAGAGGUUUGAACUUCCCUCUCGGUGGUAAAUUAGGGAUUAAUGCAGCAUGUGACCACUGGCUCUAUCACAUGCUUUCUCCCUCCAGACGCUACCUUUAGCUUUCUAGCUGUAGCUUGCUGUCAAACUGGGCUUCUUCGCUACCGCACACUGCUGAUAUACAUCAUCAUAAGCACCUGUCCCUGAAGAUGGAUGAGGCACAGCUGACGGUCAACAAUGAGUUGUCAUAUGAGGUGCAGGUGUCUUGGAUGUCACAGCGCUGCUACCAGUGUUUGUACCAGCAGCUUGGGGUGGUACCUGCAGGGCUUGGCCCUGGUCAGCCCAGUUCAGUAAACUUUGUUGUAAGCACACAGCAUGAAAUAACAGUGCAGAUCAACAGCACACCUAUCGAGCUGGAGCUCUGCAAAAUUCCUUUCCACUUUGGCGAGCAUGGUAACUACUCUCUGUGGGUGAAAACCCUUAACGCAUCUUUUGGAGUCAACUGCUCUGUAGUUACUGAUAAGGACCCUGUGAAUAGCUACAUACCAAUCUUGGUUGCUUUUCUUAUCUAUGCUCUCCUGGCCUUGGUGUUUGCCAUUGGAAAAAAGGUUUGGGGGCUUGAUGCGGUAAGAGGUCUGGUCCUCCGACUUGGGAGUUCCAUGGAAACAGAGAGACUCAUCAAUUCUGAACUGGGCCCCACUCGGGUAGUGCCGCCAGUCACUGAUAAUAUCCUCCCUCCCCCGCUAACGAGCAGCAAGAGGCUUCGAUCUUUGGAUACAUUCAGAGGUAUCUCCUUGGUCAUUAUGGUGUUCGUGAACUAUGGAGGGGGGCGAUACUGGUUCUUCAGACACGAAAGCUGGAAUGGCCUUACUGUUGCCGACCUAGUCUUCCCUUGGUUUGUGUUCAUAAUGGGCACAUCCAUCGCACUCUCGAUCAAUGCCUUGCUGCGUGCAGGCGCGACCCGUUGCUCGUUGCUCAGAAAAGCUGUGUGGCGGAGCUUGCAGCUCUUCAUCAUUGGUGUCCUAGUCAUCAACCCAAACUACUGCCAGGGAGCAUUGGCUUGGGAAAACUUGCGGAUCCCGGGUGUGUUGCAGCGCCUCGCCUGGUCAUAUCUGGUCGUAGCUUGCUUGGAUUUAUUGGUGGCCAGAGGACAACUUGACGUCAUCACAGUGGAUGCGUGGUGGUCCCCAGCUAUUGAUUUCUUGCUGUAUUGGCCAGCCUGGCUGUGUGUGAUUCUUCUAGAAGUCCUCUGGCUCUUCCUCACAUUUCUUCUUCCUGUGCCAGACUGCCCAACAGGUUAUCUGGGUCCAGGUGGGAUUGGGGACAUGGGCCUGUAUGUGAACUGCACCGGUGGAGCAGCUGGUUUCAUUGACCGCUUGCUUCUGGGAGAAAAGCACAUGUACCAGAAUCCAUCAUCAAGGGUGAUUUAUGCAACUCGUAUACCGUAUGAUCCAGAAGGUGUUCUUGGCAGCAUCAACUCUAUCCUCAUGGCCUUUCUGGGAUUACAGGUUUGUAAUUUAUAUUUGUCUGGGGUUGGCCUCCUUUUGUUUCUUGCUUAUUCACAUAAAGAUAUAAAACUGUUGGAAAAGUUAAAGGAAGUAAAUGGUUGGCUUUCAUUCUUUUUGUAUUUUAAUUGUCCUCAGGCAGGGAAAAUAAUCUUGCACUACAGAGAACGCCCCAAAAGUAUAAUGUCGAGGUUCCUCAUAUGGGGUCUUUCACUGGGUGUCAUAUCAGCAUUUCUAACCAAAUGUUCCACAGACCGGGGUUUCAUUCCUGUCAACAAGAACUUGUGGUCUCUUUCUUACGUGACAACACUGGCCUGCUUUGCCUUUGUGCUCCUAAUGCUGGUCUACUACAUAGUGGAUGUAAAUAAGUGGUGGUCAGGGGCACCUUUCUACUAUCCUGGUAUGAACUCCAUACUUGUGUACGUGGGCCACGAAGUGUUUGAAGACUACUUUCCCUUCCGCUGGCGCAUGUCCAACAGCCAAUCCCAUGCUGAGCAUCUCAUUCAGAACCUUGUGGCCACUUCCUGUUGGGUCAUCAUCUCCUAUUUGCUUUACAAAAAGAAGAUUUUCUGGAAAAUUUAAACAGAGGACAGCAAAAGCACAGGACAUUGUUUACAUCAUAGAUGCUGGAGACACAACAAGAAUGCAUUUAGUUGGACACAGAAUGCAGAUUAAUUAUGUCAAGGUUAUAUCAUAAUUAUAUGAAUCUCUGUCUCUGAUCAUGUAUGGGGUUUCUUUCAUCACAUAGCUAUUCUGUUAGGUUAUUUCCCCUUUCUUUCUUUUUACAUUUUUUUUUUUUAUUUCUGUUAUGGCCUUACGGGACCAUAAAGGGUUUCAUCAGUUAUGCACCAGCAAAGUUAUCCUUAGUGACUCAGGAAAAAAGAGUUGAAGAAUAGUUUGGAUUGUAAAUACACCACCUUUAAUGUGUAGUAGUGUACACAUUCACCUACAAAGCAAAAGAUCCCUGGUUGAAUCACGGCAGGAGACACAAGUAUAAUGGGGGUUGCAUAAGGAAGGGCAUCCAGUGUAAAAAUGUGCCAAAUCAAAUAUGCGGAGCUACUACUAUGGUAACCUCUUGUGAAUAAGGAAGCAGCCGAAAGUAGCUUUAAAUAAACUAUUUUUGUUAUACCAGCGCAUCUUAAAUGGCAGAGUAUUUAAGCAGGGUGUUGCAGUAUUUCAGGCCCUAUUGACUUCUCUGUUGUCAUGUGAAGUGCUGUGGUGUUACCCUGAAGGCUGAUGUUAGGUUUUUGGGGUUUUUUUGCUUUUUAAGGUGGACACUGAAGGCAAAACAUUUACCAACAAUUCGCUGUAAUCUUUUAAAAAAAAAUUUCCCGCUCUACAUUUUAAGAUGGAAUUGGUGUUCAAAUGAGGGGGAUAUAAGUAGAUGUUUCCUAUAUCCCUUACCCCCACCCAGCACGUAGUGUCUGUGCUGCUCAGAGCGUAGCACUAUAGCUAAAAUGGAAGUGCUCAUGUUCAUCGCUCCAUUCUGUUUUGCGAGUAUAAUGAAUGACUGCUGGCUUCACUGUGCUCCCAUUUUAUGUACAUCUCACAAUCGAUGUGGGUAACUGAGCAACCAAACAAACAAACAUCAGAAAGACACGAGGAAACAAACCUCCAAACCUGUUCUCUCUCAUUUCCAUUUCUCUAUUACAUUUUAAGAUGACCUGUCAGAUUAAAUAAGCUGCAAAUGUUCAGGGGAGUUAAAGGAGGGCAUGUUAGCAAUGUUAUGCAUUUGGUUUCAUGUGAAAGCAACACGGGUUGUUUUUUUUUUGUUUUUUUUAGGUCUUCAAAAAACAGAAGUCACAGUGCUGCUAUAUUUUUUUGUGUGUUAGUGUUACAUAUGCAUUUUUUUAAUCAUCUUUAGUUUAACAACCCCCAAAUUUUUUGCUGCUGUUCUGCCAAAUGUGUUUUUUUCCUUACACAGUUAUCUGAAAAAGCACCAUAAAUAUAUUUGAUGGAGUCUUAUCAUAAGACUGUUCCCAUUACUCCCACCGUACUGGGUAAGUGUGCUUGCUGUUAUGAUUGGCAGUUGAUAAAA